UGGCGGGCGCACGGCGGGAGCUCCGAAGGGGAGGCGGCGGGAACGGCUCCGGGAUGUCGGUUAAGAGAGCAUUAAAUUUGGACUCUGUUAAAAAAGAUGAUCCACCUGAUGCAACCCCCCAAAAGGCCAAAAGGAGAAAUCUCUCCUACUCCCCAACCACAGGCACGUGCCAGAUGAGCCCCUUCUCCUCUCCCAUGAGCCACAGGGCACAGAAUUCCAGGAAUGCCCCAGCAGAGGGAGAUGGGAAGGAGCAGAGCGAUUCCAAGAGCGGAUUGUCCAGGAGGGGGCAGCCUCAAACUGAGCACGAUGUGUUCCUGCAACUGUACUCCAAAGUGAGAAAUUCCUUGCCCAGAAUUCUGAAACUAAGAGCAAAUCUGACAAGCUUGAAGGCUUUGGAGGGCAGUAGAGAGCUGGAAAAUAUCCUGGAAGCCUCACACUCGUCCUGUGUCCUGAGUGCUGAACUGCAGAAAACCCAAGCGCUGGUGAGUCAAGCAGAAAAACUGCAGCUGUUGAAAGCAAACCAUGGAGGAGUCCCUGCCCGAGGGCACAUCCAGGCUGCCGGGGGUGCUGCAUUCCUGACCUCACUCCCUGACAGAGGGAAGGAGCCCCUGGGCCUGCACCCCCAGCACUGAGGCACGGCCAGAGUGACCAGGACCAGGGUGCUAAUGGCAUUAUGUGAAAAAUGCAUUCCACAUCAACCCAAACUUCUCCAUCUGCUGGACUGGACUUAAAAGGAGCGAAGAGCUGCGUGUAAACCAAUCUCCCCAGCAAAUCCCAGCUGGGGAGCGCUCGCUGUGCCGGGCAGGUGCACGUCCAGAUAACAUUUCUGGCAUCUAUUUCAACUUAACAAUGUGCACAAGCAGAUAAUCUCAAUGUAAAUAAUCCACCCUGGGUGCUGUGCAGCCCUGUGCCAGUGGGCUUGGUGCUGGCUGGAAACUAACUGUGGCUUCUGGAGGGCUCCUCCAGCACUGCUCUGAGGCUGGAGGCAGCUCUGCAGUGCCAGGAAUUCAUUAUUCCCACCCUGGAUGUGUUUUAGUUGUUUGCAAACACUUUCCCUGGUGGUGCUGCCAUGGCUGGGGACAGAUUUGUCACCCACAUGAGGGUUCCUCUAAAGUCAGCCCCAGCCCCAGGAUGAAAAGGCCUCAGCCUCCAACCCAGCAUUAACACCCAGGGCUCUGGUGUUAAUUGUUCCGGGCUUUGCUUUUAGGUCAACAUUUGAGUUUGGGUUUGGCAUUUAAUGCUGUAGGAGCAGAAUUGUUUUAUAAAAACAAACUUUUUUAAUAAACCAGCUGCUUUUCUCUUUCUUUCUCCUCAGCCUCACCCCUCUGACCAAGUGAAUCCCCUGCAUCUCAAACCCUUGCAAAUUAGGCUGAAAAAGUGCAGUAAAAUUAUUUUUUCUUAUCAAAGUCCACCAUAAACACUCUUGGAUGUCCUUUCUACCACUGCAAAGUCC